GGGGGAGUAGAGGGCGCAAACUUAACCAGGGCUGGGAAAUCACUAGUGGCAAAAUGCCCGAUGCUGCACGGCGGUACGUGACGUUUUGAAAUCAGAACCCGAUAGUCUCCCUUAAUUGCAGAUUAACCAAUGAGGUUCGUAUGCAGUGUGGCGUUUAAUGACCCUUAAACUGUUAAGUCUGCUAUGUUUAAAUACUGUCAAAUCCUGCACGACUAGACAAAAAACAGCCCAAAUUAUUAUUUAUUUAUUACCCGCCCAAUACAUUUUUUUUACAACACCAUGAAAAGUAUCCAAGUAGCAAUUGGGUGGAAACUCGCCCAAUCUGGCAACACUGCUUGGUAGUGCAUUACCGCCACCUGUAUUAGAGUGUGCAUUAUAUAAUUAUAAUAAUAAUUAUAUAAUAAUAUAUUAUAAUAAUGCUGACAAUAAAACACACCCACCCAACAGAUCAUCACUCAGUACCUUCGCAUACAUUAUUUCUCCAAUCUAGUUUUUCCACUAUUUCGUCACUUUUACUGAGUUCAUCCUCUUUACUCCUCCCUCUCUGUCAAAUAACAACCUUAAUUGCUCGCUCGCUUCUCUCUCUCCCCUCCUCUCCUCCCGCAGACUCCUCCUCCUGAUGAAUCCCUUGUCUUUUUCCUUUUCUUCCCCGUUGCGUUCUCCUCCACCUUCUCCCCCACUCUCUUCCCCCACACUCUCCCCACGACUACUAUCAUGCCCCACAUAUUCCUCCAUUAACCCUCAAAAUUGUUGGAUUUGCCAUAGAUCCACCAGUCCAGACCUAUGCAGGCCGUAGGUCAGCACAUCCACCACACACCUCACAAUUCCACCAUCUCUACCCUACUUAGCAAAAAAAAGAUUUUUCAACUCGUCUUCUUCUCUUCAUUCACCAAACUUCCCGCGCACCCAGCCUCCUUGCUCCCUCCACACUAGGACUGAGGAGAUCUGCUCGUGAACUGAUCCCAUCUAUAACACAUCACAGAUUAAACUAUUCUGUAUCACUACGAGAGUUAAACUCACAGUUUUUCUGCUGUUGUAGUAACGUGUUGAGACUCAAAGCCUCUGAACCAGUGACGAAUCAGCUCCUGUUUCAGCCUCAUUGACUCCUGUGACGUCAGACAGACUCUGAGCAGCUAAAAACAGCAUGUGAACACAGUGGCUGUAUUUAAAGAGCUUCACUGUCUGAUACUGUUUGUCACAUAAUAGAAAAUUGUAGAGAAGUAACUGUUUAACAUCAGUCAGUGACUUUAAAACCACAACAUGAAAUCCAGGAUUCAGAUCCGUCCAACAUCAGACUCCUGUUAAAUAAAGAUACAACGUCAGUGUGUGAGACUCUGGACUUAGAUUCAUUUUAAUGCGAGUAACAGCAGGCGUUUAUCUCUGGAUCUGUGGCUUUUUCAGAAGAUGAGUGUUUGUGUGGAGGACAGAGCAGAGUCUCUAGGAUCCAGGUGUGUGUCUAUGAAGAAUGACUGGUCCAGAUGUGAGCCUCCUUCAUUCAGAACUGAACCUGGAGCCUCAGACAAAAAAGGUCAGAAACACAAACAAAGAGCAGAACCUCCAGGACCCAGCUGUCUGUCUAUGAAGAGUGACCGGUCCUUGGGUGAUCGUCCAAACUUCAGUAAUGAACCUGGAGCCUCAGACACAAAAGGUCAGAAUCAGAGACAAAGAGCAGAACCUCCAGGACCCAGCUGUCUGUCUAUGAAGAGUGACUGGUCCAAACGUGAACCUCCAAACUUCAGUAAUGAACCUGGAGCCUCAGACACAAAAGAGAAGAAGAGGAGUCGUGUUCCUGUGGAGGAGCAGCCGUCCUGCUGUUAUCAGUGUCAGGAGGUUCUGAAGGAUCCAGUCAGUAUCAGCUGCGGACACUGGUUCUGCAGACAGUGCAUCAACUCAUACUGGGACCAGUCUGCACCAUCAGGAGACUCCUCCUGUCCCCAGUGUGGGAAACGACCUAGAACCAAAGCUGGACUACAGAUGGGCCAUCAGCGCAGAACCGUCCAAACAGAUGUUGUUCUGCAGGAGGCUUUAGAUGAACAUAAGCUCAGUCUGAGGAGCAGAUGUGAACGUGUGACUGAAGGAGGUGAAACAGGAAGUGGAGUCCUCCUCACCAGCAUCUACACUGAGCUCUACAUCACAGAGGGACAGAGUGAAGAGGUGAACACCCAACAUGAGGUGAGGCAGCUGGAGACAGCUUCCAAGAAGAAGACCCUCCAUGAGGCUCCCAUCAAGGUCCACCACAUCUUUAAAGCCUCCUCUGACCCACACGGACCCAUCAGACUGGUUCUGACCAACGGCGUCGCUGGCGUUGGAAAAACCUUCUCGGUGCAGAAGUUCACUCUGGACUGGGCCGAGGGCCGGGAGAACCCAGACGUCAGUGUGGUGGUUCUGCUGUCGUUCAGGGAGCUGAACCUGAUCAGAGAUCAGCAGCACAGCCUUCUCACGCUGCUCCAUGUUUUCCAUCCAACGCUCCAGAAGGUCUCAGCAGAGCAGCUCGCUGUCCUGAAGCUUCUGUUCAUCUUUGACGGCCUGGAUGAAAGCAGACUCUCACUGGACUUCAGCCACAGGGAGCUGGUGUCUGACGUCACACACAAGUCAUCGGUCAACGUGCUGCUGACCAACCUCAUCCAGGGGAACCUGCUUCCCUCGGCUCUGGUCUGGAUCACUUCCCGACCCGCAGCGGCCCAUCAGAUCCCUCCUACGUGUGUGGACAGGGUCACAGAAGUACGAGGCUUCACCGACGCCCAGAAGGACGAGUACUUCAGGAGGAGAUCCACAGAUCAUCUGUCGAACAGAAUCAUCUCACACGUCAAGACGUCCAGGAGCCUCCACAUCAUGUGUCAGAUCCCAGUGUUCUGCUGGAUCACUGCUACGGUUCUGGAGCACAUGUUGACUACAGAGCAGAGAGGAGAGCUGCCCACGACCCUGACGGACCUGUACUCACACUUCCUGCUGGUCCUGACCAAGAGGAAGAGGAACAAGUACCAUGAGGGACAUGAGACCAGUCCACAGGAGCUCACGGAGGCUGACAGGGAAGUUCUCCUGAAGCUGGGGAGGCUGGCGUUCAAACAUCUGCAGACAGGAAACAUCAUGUUCUACCAAGAAGACCUGGAGCAGUGUGGUCUAGACGUCACAGAGGCCUUGGUUCACUCAGGAGUCUGUACUGAGAUCUUCAGGAGAGAGAGUGUGAUCUUCCAGAAAACAGUCUACUGCUUUGUUCAUCUGAGCGUUCAGGAGUUUCUGGCUGCUGUUCACAUGAUGCACUGUUACACCAACGGGAAGAGGGAGGAAUGGAAGACGUUUCUGGGGAAAGACUGGAAUGAUGAUGAUGAUAAUUCAUCUCUGGAUGAUGUCCUGUACAGCACCAUGUAUGAAUCCCUCCAGAGUCCAAGUGGACACCUGGACCUGUUUGUUCGCUUCCUUCAUGGCCUCUGUCUGGAGUCCAACCAGAGAAUCUUAGGAGGUUUGCUGGGUCACACAGAGAACAGUCCAAAAACCAUCCAGAGAAUUAUCAACAACCUGAAGGAGAUGAAGAACACUGAGGAAACCUCUCCAGACAGAAACAUCAACAUCUUCCACUGUCUGAUGGAGAUGAACGACCACUCAGUGCAUCAGCAGAUCCAAGAGUUCCUGAAGUCAGAGAACAGAUCAGAGGAACUUUCUAUGAUCCAGUGCUCAGCUCUGGCCUACAUGCUGCAGAUGUCAGAGGAGGUUCUGGAUGAGUUGGAUCUGAACCAGUACAACACAUCAUGGGAGGGACGACUGAGACUGAUGCCAGCUGUGAGGAACUGCAGAAAGGCUCAACUUUCUGGCUGUGGACUCACAGAGACUCACUGUGAAGUUGUGGCCUCAACUCUUAAGUCCAACCCGUCACAUCUGACACAUCUGGACCUGAGUAACAACAACCUGCAGGACUCAUUAGUGAAGGUUCUGUGUGCUGGACUGAAGAGUCCUCACUGUCGUCUGGAGACUCUGAGAUUAAGUGGUUGCUGGUUGUCAGAGAUCAGCUGUGAUUCUCUGGCCUCAGCUCUGAAGUCCAACCCGUCACAUCUGACACAACUGGACCUGAGUAACAACAACCUGCAGGAUUCAUCAGUGAAGCAUCUGUGUGGUUUUCUGGAGAGUCGUCACUGUCGACUGGAGACUCUGAGAUUGAGUGGCUGCAGUUUUUCAGAAAUCAGCUGUGAUUCUCUGGUCUCAGCUCUGAAGUCCAACCCGUCACAUCUGACCCAACUGGACCUGAGUAACAACAACCUGGAGGAUUCAUCACUGAAUCAUCUGUGUGGUUUUCUGGAGAAUCGUCACUGUCGACUGGAGACUCUGAGAUUGAGAGGCUGCAGGUUGUCAGAGAUCAGCUGUGAUUCGCUGCUCUCAGCUCUGAAGUCCAACCCGUCACAUCUGACACAACUGGACCUGAGUAACAACAACCUGCAGAAUUCAUCAGUGAAGCAUCUGUGCAGUUUUCUAGAGAGUCGUCACUGUCAACUGGAGACUCUAAGAUUGAGUGGCUGCAGGUUGUCAGAGAUCAGCUGUGAUUCUCUGGUCUCAGCUCUGAAGUCCAACCCGUCACAUCUGACACAACUGGACCUGAGUAACAACAACCUGCAGGAUUCAUCAGUGAAGCAUCUCUGUGGUCUUAUUGAGAGUUGUCACUGUCGACUGGAGACUCUGAGACUGAGUGUGUGUGACCUGUCAGAGAGAAGCUGUGAAGCUCUGUCCUCAGUUCUCAGCUCUCAGUCCUCUAGUCUGAGAGAACUGGACCUGAGUAACAACAACCUGCAGGAUUCAGGAGUGAAGCUACUGUCUGCUGGACUGAAGAGUCCUCACUGUCGACUGGAGACUCUCAGGCUGUCAGGCUGUCUGCUCUCAGAGGAAGCUUGUGUCUCUCUGGCCUCAGCUCUGAGCUCCAACCCCUCCCAUCUGAGAGAGCUGGACCUGAGCUACAAUCAUCCAGGAGACUCAGGAGUGGAGCUGCUGUCUGCUGGAGUCAAGGAUCCACACUGGAGACUGGACACUCUCAGGGUGGAGCCUGGUGGAGUCCGAUGGUUGAGACCAGGUCUGAGCAAGUAUUUCUGUCAACUCAUCAUCGACACAAACACAGUGAACAGGAGACUACAACUGUCUGAAAACAACAGGAAGGUGACACAUGUGGAGGAAGAUCAGUCAUAUCCUGAUCAUCCAGACAGAUUUAACGUCUGUCCUCAGCUGCUGUGUAGUAAUGGUCUGACUGGUCGCUGUUACUGGGAGGUUGAGUGGAGAGAAAAUGUUGAAUUAUCAGUGAGUUACAGAGGAAUCAAAAGGAAAAGAUUCAGUACAGACUGUUUGUUUGGAUCCAAUGAUCAGUCCCGGAGUCUGAGGUGCUCUAAAGGUGGUUACUAUGUCUGGCACAAUAACAUAGUAACAUCCAUCUCCUCCUCUGUGUCUGACAGAGUAUCAGUGUAUGUGGACUGUCCUGCUGGUUCUCUGUCCUUCUACAGAGUCUCCUCUGACAAACUGAUCCACCUUCACACCUUCAACACCACAUUCACUGAACCUCUUUAUCCUGGGUUUGGGUUUGGGUUCUGUUCUCCUGGUUCCUCAGUGUCUCUGUGUGUUGUGUCGUAGUGAGAGUUUGAUCCUGUCAAAGAAACGUUGUCACUGUGGAACAUACUGAACUAUGUUCAUGUCUGUCCUGUUGUCAUGUCAGAUAGAUGUAAUAAAACAAACUAUAGAGCAAUUUGAGGAUUGUGUGAUCUUUGCAUUACACCUCUGUAUGUCCUGAUGUUGUUGAUUUUCUUUUCCCAUUAUCUUUUAUUUUUCUCUGUUAUUAAAAUAAAUUGCAAAAAUGUC